GGAGUGGCUGAUUUUCCUGGUGCGCUGUUGAAACCGAGUGGAACUCGUCUCGAGCAUGACGAGGUGGCUACAUGCUAAUAGCUCGUGUAGCUUCAGUAGUUAGCAGCUAGUUGCCUAACGCUGUGUUGCUAGCUGUCCGUGGCACAGUCGUGCUAGCAUUCCACAGCAAAGCUUCACAUGUCACCGUCGUUUGUUAGCUUGUUAGCUUGUCAUUAUAUUAUAUUAGCUUGUCAAUAAACGGGAUAACCGUCAGUGGCGAGAACAGCAGCCAGAAUCAUUCACUCUUCAUUAGCCUGGAGUAAAAGUAGAUGCAGAUGGAUAGAAAUCAAAAAAAGCUUCGGUAUCAGGACGGUAACCCAUGCAUCCAAGAAAGUGAUGCCUCCUUUAAGUGUUUGGAUGCGAGUAACUAUAAUAAGGACAUGUGUUCAGCCUAUUUCCUGAAAUAUAAGAACUGUAGGAAAUACUGGCACAAUGUGAUGCUGGAGAGGAGGCGACAGGGAGUGAAACCUGAUAUGCCCACUGCUGCAGAGAGACAGGACAUGCUCGAUGCCUUCGGAGGCAAACCCUACUGAGAGUCAGCAGAGGCACGCAACCACCAAAACAACAUGAAACAUCAGAUUAAUGGAAGACUUGAAACGGAUUAUUUAUUGAGUUUAUAAAGGUGCGACAGGAACAUGCACGUGACAUGUAUAGAACGACGAAGCUUUUCAAGCCUUUGAAUGUUUCGAGGUAGGUUUGAAAAUCCAUCUUUUUACUCCUGAACUCU